GGCUUCCGUUCCGAGAGGGCGGGCCGGCAUCCCAAACGGAAGGUGGUAGCGCUGCCCGAGCUGGUUUGAAACUGGUGGUCGGGCCCGGCCGAGUGUGAGUGUGUGUAGCCGAGGACCCGCUGGAGGGCUAGGCCGUUCUUGACCGCCCCGGCCCCGCCUCCCCUCGGACCCGCGGACCCAAGCCCGGGUCCCCGCCUGUCUUGUGCCCCAGCCCGCUGCCUCUCUGGCCGGCUCUGCGGCCCAGCCGCCACCAUGUCCCUGCACGGCAAACGGAAGGAGAUCUACAAAUAUGAAGCGCCCUGGACUGUGUACGCCAUGAACUGGAGCGUGCGGCCGGACAAGCGCUUUCGCCUGGCGCUGGGCAGCUUCGUGGAAGAGUACAACAACAAGGUUCAGCUUGUUGGUUUAGAUGAGGAGAGUUCAGAGUUUAUUUGCCGAAACACCUUUGACCACCCGUACCCUACCACAAAGCUCAUGUGGAUUCCUGACACAAAGGGCGUCUAUCCAGACCUCCUGGCAACAAGUGGUGACUAUCUCCGUGUGUGGAGGGUUGGUGAAACAGAGACCAGGCUGGAGUGCUUGCUAAACAACAACAAGAACUCAGACUUCUGUGCUCCCCUGACCUCCUUUGACUGGAACGAGGUGGAUCCUUAUCUUCUAGGUACCUCAAGCAUUGACACAACGUGCACCAUCUGGGGACUAGAGACCGGGCAAGUGCUGGGACGAGUGAAUCUCGUGUCUGGCCAUGUGAAGACCCAGCUAAUUGCCCAUGACAAAGAGGUCUAUGACAUCGCCUUCAGCCGCGCUGGAGGGGGCAGGGACAUGUUUGCCUCUGUGGGCGCUGAUGGGUCUGUGAGAAUGUUUGACCUCCGCCAUCUGGAACAUAGCACCAUCAUUUAUGAAGACCCACAGCACCACCCCCUGCUUCGCCUCUGCUGGAACAAGCAGGACCCUAACUACCUGGCCACCAUGGCCAUGGACGGGAUGGAGGUGGUGAUUCUGGAUGUUCGAGUUCCCUGCACACCGGUUGCUAGGCUAAACAACCACCGAGCAUGUGUCAAUGGCAUUGCCUGGGCCCCACACUCGUCCUGCCACAUCUGUACUGCAGCGGAUGACCAUCAGGCCCUCAUCUGGGACAUCCAGCAGAUGCCUCGGGCCAUCGAGGACCCUAUCUUGGCCUACACAGCUGAGGGAGAGAUCAACAAUGUGCAGUGGGCCUCCACUCAGCCUGACUGGAUCGCUAUCUGCUACAACAACUGCCUGGAGAUACUCCGCGUGUAGUGUUGGUGGCACCUCACGUAUCCGGCAGGGGCUUGUGUGCUUCAGCCUCUGCCCCCUUCCCUCCCAUGUAAGAAGAACAUGUUCCCAGUGGCCAGUAUGUCUACUGCUGCUUUACACCCACUGUGUUCAGAAGCUGCUGUAGAAGUCCAGGCCAGUUACCCCGCUGUCUGUGUUGGACUGUGCUGUGUGGCGCCACUGCAGCCCAGGGCUGGGUUUUAAAUUUUCACUCCUUUCCUCUUCUUUGCUUCUUCAAUUAAACGUUUCUGUAUAUUUGUUUGUCAGCUGUUGUGUUCAUAAACAGUACAAGCACUGGCUCUGUCUGUGUCCAUUUGCCCAUGUCUGUCUGUCUGCUGCUGAGGCAGUCAUCCAUCUCGUGUCCCCAUCUGUGUCGUGCUAGCACUUAAGUGGGAACAAAGGCCAACUUGAGAUUGUCUUUCCUCCUGGCACCAGUGUCUUUUAACAAACCUCAACUUUGUAUGUUUUUUAUCUAUCAGGCUAGUUUUUUUAUGAAAAGAAUUUAACCUUUCUGGUUUCUUGAUUUCACAGAUUUCCCUCUUUGUACCUUCCUCUCUUCCCUCAGUGCCUGCAGUGGGUACUGGACCCUAGACCCCACGAGCAGUUUGCUUUCCUGAGUCACUGCCUGUGGGGCACAGCCCUGACCCCUGACCGGGAGUUGACAACUGCGCUGGUGCUCUGAAGUCUACUGACUCACCAACCGUUCUCAGCCUGGGUCUCCUGAAGGCCCUCGGAGGCCCAGGAGAUGCAGGAGGCUUCUGUUCACCCUCAAGUCCCUUUCUCUGGCUUCACUAGUUGAGUACCCUGUGGGGCUGAGAUAAGCAGUUGACUAGGGGUCAUGCGGAAGGAGAAUCAUGUUCAGGAAAGCUGAACUUAUAUUGUGUUUCCAGUACCUGGUUUCAGAAUCUAUUUUUCCAGUUUCGAACUUGAAUGAUAGGCAAGAGAGAUCUCUCAGCUAAGCUUCUGUGUUUCUGUUUGCUGAGUCUCCUCUACCUGGUGGGACACUGGCCCAUCUUUGGAUUGAGUACUCUGAAUAAGAGACUUCCUGGGAGCUACCGUCUGUGCUUGACCCUGAACAAGAUCUUUAGACUGUGACAGACAGGCAGUUCUCAUAAAUGAUGAGCAAAUCAGCCAAGGUAGACUCAGGGCCAGCCAGCUAAGACUCUCCACGCCUGUGGCACCUGCCCUCUCUUCAGUUAAGGUUAUGAGCAGUAUUGGACUUUGUAGGCUGCAGUUGGCCAUGCUGACUUACAGGCCUCGCGUGUCUGUUUCCGUUAGGUGUAUGGGUUCCACAGAGGGGACUUGUAUGUGGUUCUGACUUUAGAUGAGUCCCCGGCAGUUUGGAACAUGGUCUAGGAGAGGGUGGCUGUUUAUAAUCUGCUGAGCUGCUUGCAGGUUUCUUAGACGCUCUGGGACAAGGAGAGCAGCAGGCCUGAUGGCUGAUGGCUGGUUGGCCACUCAUGCUGCCAUUGCUGGAGAAGUCAAUGUCGACUCAUUCUUCUGGGAACAUGGACUGUCUGGCAGAGUCUUUGCUUGCUUCCACAACUGAUGUAGUUGUAUGCCAAAAGUCUUAGAUUUAGAUUCACUAUAUUAGGACCUUGUCCCAAAGGAAAGGCCUUUUCAGUCAGGGUAUUUCUCCUUGGCCUUCCUAAUCUGUCAUUCUGAUUUUGGGUCUCUGGGGUUCCUGCACUAACCUGUGGCUUGUCCUGGAUCAGUUUGUGGUUCCCUCUGCUCUUAGUGGCGUUUGCCAGCCAGGUACAGACUCCUCAAAGGUAGCAGACUUGCUGAUGGUUGCUGCUGUAGGAGCCCUCAGUUUCUUCCUGGGCUGAGUCUACAGUAGUAGGCUGAGUCAGGGCGUCGCAGGGCCUGUAGGGAGCACCUGUGCUGGGGAGCACCUGUGCUGGGGAGCACCUGUGCUGGGUGGACUUUAGCUUGGGGUGAAUGAUAGGAUUGUCAACUAGAACUUGAAAACAAAGUUUUAAAAGGUUAGCAGCAGUUUUAGAAUACAUUUGUGUGAGGUCUCUAUGUGCUUUGGAAACCAACCACGUGAUGACUUUUUCCUUGCUCUGUGGACACUUGUCAACUUUCUUCAGUCUUCCUUUUCUGCUCUCCAACUAGAUUAGGUAAGACUCUUGCUAUCUCUGCCUCCAAGUACGUGUGUACCCACAGUUGCAGGGUUGCUGGCAUUUGAAGUCUCUCUCUUAUCAUAUGCACAGGUGGCCCCUGUAGCUGAGGAAGAGGUUUCUGUGGGCGUGAGAUGCAGGAAGUCCAUAAGUCUGCUCUCUUCCCUGAAGCACAGCUCUGUUAAAGUUUCAAAGCCAGUCUCUUAAUAUUUGCUAGUUCUUAGCCUGACGGUGAGGUGGGUCAGUAUCUCCAGAUCUGUCCUCUAGGCUCCAGGCUCUGGUGGGGCUGCAGUGCUAUUUUGACGUGGUUUUGGCAAGCUACAGCUAGAGGCUCUGGCCUGUGGUUUCUGUGUCUGCUGUAGGGGAGGCUGCAUGAUCGGUCAGACUAGCAGAGAGCUGAGCUGGUGAGUGGGUCUGAGGCUUUUGUGGGCUUGCGCUGUCCCCACUGGAGAUUGAUCCCUUUCCUGACCUCCGAGGCUGGGCUUGAGGAGGAGAGUGACAUGAGACAAGUCGGUGGGGACUUCCUAUCAAAAUCAGCAUUAGGUCAGAUAACUGGAGACAGCCCAGGAAGAACGGGAAAAAGGCAGAAUCCUAUAGUAUUUUGAUGAUUGUUACAACUAAGAUUUGAUAUUUAGGGUAGAGUAGAAGGAAAUACUAGAGAACACAGAGAGUCUGAGGGGAGAAACAUUCAGAUGGUUCUGUCUCAUAGCUAUGCAGCGGACCUGUGCCUCAGCCUAGGUUGGCUUCUGCACCAUUAAUGAAGCCUCUGUGUCGCUGGGUGCCAGGAGGUACUGUGGGCGGAGAGCCCUUCUGGCAGCAGCGUGAUGUCUGGUGGUUAAAUUCUAGGUUUUGGGUAUCCCGUGACAGUGCAUGAUGACACUGUUUGAGACAGGUUCUUUCUUUGUAGACCAGGCUAUCCUUGAACUGAGUGCUGGGAGCACAGGAUGAGCCACUGCCCCAGCAUCCGUGCUUCUUCCCUAGCGCAGGCCUCAGGCUAGGCCAGUGACCUGCCACUGAACCACACCCUCUAGCCCCUGCCGUUUCUUUCCUUUGUCCCUUUCUCAUUACCUCGCUACUGUAGAAUGUUCUCCCUGAUGCUCUGGGCCCUUGAUUCCUAGGCCGUAAGAAAAUGUAGGACUCCGGGGUUUACCAAACAUGGUCGGCAGUUCAUAAGUGCACCCUACUUUCCCCAUUGUGAAAUAGGGCAGGUCCUUUGAUUGCCUGGCUCAGGCUAGAGUACCAUUGCAAUAGAGGCCUCAGAACGAGUGUUUUCUUUAGAGCCUGCCCUGAGGGUGAGGAAGGCCGGCCUAUUCAGCAUGUGGGUUUUCUGAGAGGAGAGCUGGUCUGAGCAGUUACUGUGAACCCUGAGCCAGGUUUCCCAGAGUUGUCCUCUCCUCCUGUGAGGCAGCAGCUGAGUGUCUCACGUCUCCAAUCUUGUUCACCUCGAGCCAUCUACAUUCUCUCUUUCUCCCAUACUGUCAUUGCUGCUAAUGUUCAGAGUCAAGCAUGUGGCAUUACGGAAUGAGCAGGUCUUCUUGGGCUGCUAUCUGAAUGUCCCUUUUUAAAUGUGGAAACGUGCAGAUGCUUUCUCCGAGAUGCUUAGACUGAUGUGUCAGCCAGAAGAAGCUUAGACUCCAAAGGAUCGAUGCUGACAUCUGUGCAACAGCUGGGAAGUGUACAAGUGAAGCCGAACUGUGCUAUCCACCAUUGGAAAGAAACGUUCUCACCUUGGGCUGACUGUGAUGUACAGUGUGUUAUGGGAAUUGUUGGGCUGAAGCUUUCGUCAAAUCUGAGUCCCUUGCUUUGAUCCCGUGUAUGUUAUGACCCCUCUGUCAGUGACUUUCCCCUGAGUGUGAAUUAUAGCAUGAUUGUAUAAACCUCUAUGUAGAAAAUGGAGAUUUCAUGUUCUACAAAUGUUAAGCUCUAACUGACCCACUUCUGUGCGCAUGUGUAUGACCUGACUUUCUUAUAUAUUUAAACUUUCCUUCUGUUCUAAAGCUUUUGUGGCAUUCCUUGUUCAGGUGGAGAGGAAGCUGUCCCUUUGCAGACCUGUACUGUAACCAUUUCUCCUUUAUAAAUAUUAUUUUCACAGGGCUGAUUGUAUACAGGGCUUAUAAUAAAAAUUUAACACUGUGUUGUCAACGAGCUGCGGUUUCUCCACUGGAGGUGACUUCAAAAGCACCUGAGGGUGGAGUGUCCCUUCUGUGACCUUACUUCCUAGUACGUGAAGUCUAAUCUCAGUUUUGUCCUGUUUCAGCCUCCUGUAUAAGAAGUAUCAUAUUUUCUGCCCAUCAUACUUUGUAAUAAAACUUGAACAUGUAUAGAUUGAAA